AUGGUUGCAAAACACCGUGAUAUCCUGCUUGCUUGUGUGGGUGGCUUCUUCGCAUGGGGACUUAUAACGAGCUGGUAUCCGCUGAUACGCUUUAUUGGAUACUCGUUUAUCCUAGGGGCUACUGCCACUUUGGCCUCUCUCAUCGUCAUUCUCAUCACCAGCGUUAAGCGUCCGGAUUACGGUUCUGCCCUUUCGAAGCUAUGCGGCCAACCUGUGGCCUUCCUGUCUUCUGAUAACUGGAAGCGGGAUUUAGAGGGCUAUAGAGAAAACACCAGUUACCAGCCUGCGCCCCUCUAUCCUCAAUCGUUUAUCGUUUCUGCGGCGCUGGACGAGCUGCUACAUUUAGUCAAGAGGGACUUUAUUGAGUCGUGGUACACGCAUAUUGGGAGCAACCCGAGCUUUGCUGACGAGAUCGAUUCCAUUGUUCGAACGGCGGUGGAACGGAUAAAGGACUGGCUGUCGAAGGAGGACUUCGUGGAGAUAGUCGUCUCGAGGAUCGUUCCUAUCCUUACAAGCCAUUUGAAAGAUGUCGACCUAGCUGAACGAGCCGUGAGGGGCAGAAAUUUGAAUCAUGGUGUGACGGAAUCCGAGGAGCUGGAGAUAGCUAUUGCUGCUAGAUUUCGAGAAGGCAAUAUCCAUCCAGCGGCUGCGAGAUCUUCGCCUGACGUGGCGCAGGUUCAACAGGAACACUUGCGCAAGAUCGUAGUGUCUCUUUUGCCCACGAUUCUUCCUGAGAGCCAAGCAAACAGCAGGGCAGUAUUGGUUAUCACUCGAGAAAUAAUAGCAUGCGCCAUCUUAUUUCCUUUGAUCAGCGUCCUUGCGGAUCCGGAUACGUGGAACCAACUGAUGGAAGCCUAUGGUCGAACGGCUCUUCAGGACCGCAAAACUGUCAGGAGGUUGCGUGAGGCGUUAGACCAGCAUGCCCUGCCUCUAGCAAAGUCCAAACAAGCAUACGCGUUCCCAAAACUGGGUCCAAAUGACUCUGAGAGAGAAUUUGAGCGCUUCAUGAGGGGCAUUCGACGUUGUAAUAAUUUAUCUGAUGCGAGGAGAUUUAGGAACAAUGUUGCAAGCCAGCUCAAGCGUGAAACGAUGUUUGACGGACAUGACCCAAUCUUAUAUCCGGCGCUUGAGACAGCCAGAGAGCCUUGGACCAGAAAGUUACUAACUUAUCACUCCAAUGGUGCUGCAAUGCUCAAUCACUUUGCUGAUCAGUCAUAUCAAGCCCCUUCGAGACCGCAGGACAUCUCCUUAGUCGAUGUUUUACAUAAUGCAGCUGGUCUGUCUUAUUUCAUGGAAUACAUGGACCGCCUGGGCCUCAUGUCGUUGGUCCAAUUUUGGCUGGUGGUAGAUGGAUUCAGGAACCCACUAGAGAACGAUAUGGGAGAUGAUAUGUCGUCUGCACCUCCAAAUUGGACCAUGGCAGACAGAAAUGACAUGAUUUUGAUAAGCGAGAACCACUUGUCAAAACCGGAGCUGAAAGUUGACGAAGAAUCUCGAAAGAUUGUUAAAGGCUUCAUCUCAGCUGGUAAGCGGGCGACACCAGAGCAAUAUUGGAAGGCAAGGAAAGCCGUUCUGGCUGCCCAGGCUACAGUCCUUGAGGACAUGAAGUGCAAGUAUUAUCCUGCCUUCAAGAAGUCUGACCUCUACUAUAAGUAUCUGGCGUCAGACGAAGCAGCCGCAGCAACCAGCAUUGCAACCCCUUCUAAGCAGUUAAAUAAGCCGCCUCUUAGCCGAUCUCACACCUCAGGGAAUUACCAGCCAUCCCGAGUGUCUUCACCCAUACUUCGAACGGACUCUCAAUCUAGCAUGAAACAGGAUUCGCGCCGGAAACAUUCCCUAUUCAGCUCUGAUGCAUUUGAUACUGGGCGAUCUACAGACUCUGAUCACCCACCCCUUUUUAGUGAUGAUGUUGAACCCGAAAACCUAGAAUCCUCCACUUACAGCCUUGGUAAAGAUUCUCAAAUUGGAGAGGCAGAUGUACAAGAAAAAAGAGUACUGGAAACCAUGGAGGCUGCUCUCAAUGAUAUUAUCUCGGACACACCAAAUGACUUCAAGGAUGAUGUCCUGAGAAGUAGCCUGCCAUCACCGUCGCCCAGAACCUCAGUCGACAUGGGCCGUAUGGAUGGGCAGCUAGCCGAGAAAGGGAAGCCCAGCAUAUCGUCGCUGGGUCUAGUUAAUACAUCUUCACGCAUUGGAGUUUUUACAGACGAUGACUUAUUUCCAGAUCAAGAAAAAUUUAUUGAAGAUGAAUAUGCUGAUCCAGACGUGCCUGAACACGAUAUACCCAUAGAGGAAGAAAUACAUGAGGCGGCGCCUGGAGACCUGGGCCUUACGGAAGCAAUAUCUGGUCUGACAGCGGACAUAGAGAAGCUUGUUUCGCAGGAGUCCGUGAUCGACUCCCUUACUAGGAAAGCUGAAUUAACGAAUAACGUGGCUGAACUGCGUAUUCUUGGAAAAUCGAAAUCUAGUUUACGAAGAGAGAUUAGGCGUAAGGAAAUGCAGAGGCAGCAGUACAUUGUGCAGGAGAGUGAUAACAGCCUGUACGGGCGAUCGACAGUUCAAAUACCAUCAAUUCUUCUUGAAAAAGAGCCAGAUGGCCGCGAGUAUGCCUUAUAUGUGAUUGAAGUGAAGCGGCAGGCGGGUGAACAGAUGCCAGUGGCCUCAUGGGCUGUCCCCCGAAGAUACAGCGAGUUCCACGAGCUACAUCAACGGCUUCGAGCAAGAUAUCCUUCUGUGAGGAAUCUUGAGUUUCCGCGGCGCCGUAUGGUUAUGAAACUGCACAAAGAUGUCCUCCAUAAGCGCCGUGUUGCACUGGAAGCAUACCUAAAGCAGAUCCUUCUUCUACCUGAUGUGUGUGGCAGCCGCGAUCUCCGCGCGUUUUUGUCUCAGCGCGCAAUUGCACCCACCCGAGAAGAGACUGGGGAAGGGGAAAGUAGGGAUAUAGUCACUCGGCUUUAUAACUCGGUGGCGGAUGGUAUGGAUGAUUUCCUUGGAAACAUAGCCGUGCUCGACCAGCUCUCAACUGCUGGCCAGAACCUCAUAUCUGCUGCAACAAACCAGCUGAGCACUUCACAGGCUGCAGGGCUGGGCCUUGACGAGACUGCCACAUCAGCGGAGGCGGAGGCAGAGCUAAAUGCCUUUGAAGACCGCGAGCUAGAGCCUUUUAUCAAGCCAAUCUGCGAUAUCUUCCUAGAGAUUUUCGAGCUGACCAGAGGUAACAAUUGGCUUCGCGGAAGGGCAGCAGUUGUUGUGUUGCACCAGCUACUUGGAGGGACAAUUGAGCGUAAAGUACGAGAGAACGUCAGGUCCCUGCUACAAGAUUCGUCGUUACUGCAUUAUAUCGGGCUUAUAAAGGAUACUAUGUGGCCGGACGGAAAGCUUCGCGAGGCUAAGGUUCGAACAAGCUCAGAGAAGAUGAAGAGCCGGACGGAAGCGGGUGUGAUGCUAGCUACCUUAAUACCGGAAAUGGCAGCGGGCGUUGUUGGACGUGCAAACGCCCAGGCAGCUGCAAGACGGAUCUUCUCUACGCUGAACAACCCGCGGCUUAAUUUGCAUCUAGUGUACACCAUCCUUGACGAGAUUCUCCUCAUCCUAAAUGGGAGAUGA